AUGGCGGCCCGCGGCCCCCGGGCCCUGCUCGCCCUCGGCCUCGCCCUGGCCGCCGCCGCCGCCGCCGCCGCCGCCGCCGACCCCUUCGCGCCGCAGCUGGGCGACACCGGCGCCUGCCACGCGCGGUGCGGCCGCAGCCUGCCGCACCGGGCCGCCGCGGAUGCUGUUCUCAACGCCUGUUACCGGGGCUGCCGGCUGUUCUCCAUCUGUCACUUCGUGGACGCCAGCGCCGGGCUGAACGCGACCAGAGCCGAGUGCGAAACAGCCUGUGCCGAAGCCUACGGCCGAGCCGAGGAGCAGUCCGGCUGCGCCACCGGCUGCCGGGAGCAGCCGGCCCCGGCGGAGAGUGGGCGCGAGCAGAGCCCGGAGCUGGAGCCGCCGCCGCCGUUCUCGGCGUUCGACCUGGUUUCCGCCUUCUGCACCGGCAUCGUCAGCUCUGCCCAGAGCUUCAUCUCCUCCACCUGGACCUUCUACCUGCAGGCGGACGACGGCAGGGUGCUGGUGUUCCAGUCCGCGCCGGAGCUGGAGGACCCCGCGCCGGAGCGGACGUGGCCGGGCUCCGGCCCCCGCGCAGGUGCGCUGGAGCCGGGGGUCCUGCUGCAAGAAGCCGGGGGCGGAGGGGGCCAGGUUGGGGCUCAGCACCGGGGCUCAGCGCCGCCUCUCCGCCUGCCAGGCCCCCGUCCGCUGGGGCGGGAGCCCCCCGCCGAGGAGCCCAGGGGCGCCGCGCCGGAGCCGCCGCUGCCGGAGCACGACUUCCUCGGCUGCAUGUCCAGGCGCUCGGGCCUUCCUCGCUGGAUCCUGGCCGCCUGCCUCUUCCUCUCCGUCGUGGUGAUGCUGUGGCUGAGCUGCGCCAGCUUGGUGACGGCCCCCGAGCAGCACGUCAAGACGCAGCCGCUGAGCAUCAACGGGGACCAGGAGGAGCCGGAGGAGCCGGCCGGGCCACUGCCCGUCAAGGUCGACCUGGACACGGCGCUGGUGUAGCGGUGCCGGCGCCGGUGCCGCCCCGGGCAGGAGGGGCCGGCUGCGGCGGGGGCUCCCCGUCGCGCAAGCCCGACACCGAGGGUUCGCGAGGCGGGGAGCAGCGAGGCGGGCACGAUGCAGCCCCGGGACGCAGCCGCGCUGCGGCGGGACGCGGGGGGACGCGGGGGGCCCCCCGCGCCGGGCCCUCUGCCCGCGGCCGGGACCGCCACAACCGGCGGCAGCUUUGGCCCCGGAUCCCCCGGGCACGUGAUGCCACCCGGGGUGGGGACGGGUCUGUUCGUCCCCCUCUUCCCGGCGUCGCUUUGGGGCAGCUCCGCUCAGUACAUGGGUUGCAUGGGAGGAGGAGGAGGAGGAGGAGGAAUAAAGGUUUGUACCGGUCCUGGCGGCGUCCGCGGCUUCCCUGGGCGGCAGCGGGGCGCGGGUUCGGGCGCCGCGUGGGGCCGGGAGGGCAGGCGCCGGCCGCGUCCCGGCUCGCCGGCCCGUCUUUGCGAGCCGAAGCGAGGAGGAAGCCGACAACACGGAGCCGGAUCCCCGUUCUGGGUCGUUCUGCAACAACGCGGAGCGAUGCCCCUCAGUGGCACCCGCUGCUUGGGGCUGGGGGAGCUGCGCCGGCGCCGAAGGCAAGCUGGGGC